AUAUCUUACGUGCUGACAGCCACAUAAUUUUCAGCAUGAAGAAAUUCGCGGAAGAUAAAACGCUAACGAUUUAUUCCACAAGAAAUCCACAAAAAUUUUAAUCUAUGGAUUUCAUAAAUUAUUUACAUUGAAAAAGUCUAUCGAUAUGAUAUUUUGUUGAUGACUGUCUUGCAAUUUUUUGCUGAAACAUUGCUCAUGAUGACUACCCGCAUUGUCUUGAAAGACAAGAUGUAGAAGUGCAUUUAUAAUAUCAGUAAUAAUUGUUUUAUUUAAUAACCGGUCAAGUAUAACAUACACCGUUGAUGGAACACUGUCGAAUUAUAAUUUUUCGAAAAGGAAGAAAAUAAAUUAUUUUCAUAAGCAGAUAGCCAGUGGACUCCAGCUUUGAUUAUCGACCAAUCAAAUGGACAGGAGAUCCCUACAACAGUGCGUAUGAGUCACAAAAAUAAGAUAAAAAAGCAUUGCGCAAAGUGAGUUAUCGGGAUUUAUUUAGGCAUGAGUUUAGAAAGGAAACCAAAGUUAAUUGUAUUUGAUUUAGAUUACACGUUGUGGCCGUUCUGGGUGGAUACUCACGUUUCAUUGCCGCUGCGAAGAAACAGUACAGGAAACGUCGUAGAUGCCGCUGGAAGGAAAGUUCCUUACUACCCCGAAGUUCCAACAGUACUUGAACAUUUGAAAGCUCAGGGUUACACCUUAGCAGUCGCAUCAAGAACAGGGGAAAUAAGAGGGGCCAAUCAAGCCCUUCAGCUUUUUAACUGGGACAAGUACUUCACGUACAAGGAAAUAUACCCAGGUUGCAAAGUAAACCAUUUUAAUCAGUUCAGGAAGAUAUCUGGCAUACAGUUUCAAGACAUGCUCUUCUUUGAUGAUGAAUAUAGAAACAUCAGAGAUUUAGAAGCCCAAGGUGUGACAUCUGUUCUUGUUGAUAAUGGAAUAUCAUUUGCAGUUGUAGAAGAAGGACUCAAAACUUUUAGUUCUCGAACAUCUUGACAUAAAUUGUUCUGUUCUGUUGUGUAAGCACUGGUGAUGUCAGAGUGGCUGUAAAAAUGUAUAUCGCUGUAUACAAUAUUUCCAGUGAAAUAGUAAUACAUCCUGUCACUUCAUUAAUUCUGUAGAGAAAGAAAAACAAGGUUUCAAAACAAACACUUUCUUUAAACUGAAAUACUUUAGGCUGUCCAGGAAUAAAUAAUAAAGGAAUGUACUGUUGAA